UUUACGCUCGCCAGACUGGGACAUCCGGUCGGGCGCCCGACGUAUGGGAUCCACGUUGCACCACCUGCACCGCGCGCCGAGGUGGAGCAGCGCCGGAACGGUUUGUUGUUUUCAUCGGUUGGGCUAGGAAGAGUGCAGUGGGACGCAAAGUGCACUGUAGAAGCUGUCAAACGCUUCCAGCAGUGUAGUAGACACGAGAUAUUUCAGUGCCUUGUCGUGGGAAUGAUGGGCAAGAAGGACGGUGGCAAGACGAGCCAGGAUAUCAAGAAGACCACCAGUGACUCGAGCACGGAGGCACCAAAACUGGUGGUUGCCAAACCAAACGAGGCCGAGGACAAGCCCUACCAGGUGUGCAAGAGCAUCGGGGACUUCCCCGGCCACUGCCGCCACAUCCGGUACUGCCUCAUCAACGAGUUCCGCACCAACUACACCCUGGUCUCGUACUACAACUGCCCCAUCGAGGACAAGUACGUCGGCGUGUGCUGCCCGGACGACCGGGACACACGGCCCAAGACUGUGGCCGUCAAGCCGCUCAAGUCUGACGAGGAGUCUGAGGCCGAGGAGGCCCGCAUCCUGGCCAGCAAUACGAACCGCGUGGACCCCAUCAAGAGACCGUCGCCGCUCGGGCCGGCCGGCAAGAACAGGGGCUGCGGCGUGGCGGCCAUCGAGGGCGCAGAGGCCCCGAAGGGCAACGGCGGCGUGUCUGACCCCGGCGAGUACCCCUGGAUGGCGGCCAUCGUCAACGCCAAGGACGACGAGCAGUUCUGCGGUGGCGUGGUCCUGGACCAGUCGCACGUCCUUACGGCGGCGCACUGCCUCAUCAGGAAGCGACAAGCGGACAUUGCAGUGGUGCUUGGGGAAUACGAUCUGACCAAACCUGAUGAGACACGCUCGCAAAAGUUCAAGGUUGUGAGCAUCCGACGUCACGAGCGCUUCGACAUGCACACUUACGAGAACGACAUCGCCAUCUUCACGCUGGACCGGCCCGCCGUGUUCAACACGUACGUGUGGCCCGUCUGCCUACCCGAGCCCAGCGAUAUGAAGAAUAUGGUCAACAAGACGGCGGUCGUCACAGGCUGGGGUACCAUGUCGUACGGCGGCCCCGCAGCCACGGUCCUCAUGGAGGUCGGCAUCCCUCUUUGGAGCAACUCCGAGUGCCAGAAGCGGUACUCGCAGCCCAUCCUUAAGACGGCGGUCUGUGCCGGCGGCUACGAGGGUGGCAAGGACUCGUGCCAGGGAGACUCAGGCGGUCCUCUGAUGAUCCAGAGGCAGGAUGGCCGCUGGGCCAACAUUGGUGUGGUGUCGUAUGGCAUCAAGUGUGGAGCGCCCAUGCAGCCGGGGGUCUACACCAAGGUGACGGAGUACCUCGACUGGAUCCAGAAGAACGUGUAGAAUCACGCACUCCAGUUUUGUUUUUGGAAAUCUGUUCGUAAAUGAUGUUUGAAAUUGUGGAAAUGCACCGAGUGACAAUUCUGUU